AUGACAAAGAUGCUCGCCAGCUCUGACUUUGAGGGCCUUGCACAGGCUCUCCAGGCUCCUGAUGCUGGAGUCGAGCAGCAGCUCGCCAGGAUGACAGAGAUCCGCGAGAGCAUCGAGUUGGUGCACACACAGGAGUAUGGGAAGUUGCCGCACAAUGACUUCCUGCGGCCGCACGCAGUCGUGCUCAUGCAAGCUGCACUCAAUGUGCUCAAUACUGACAAUGAGGAGAAUGGUUUGCUAUGCCUCCGCAUCACCUUCGACCUGCACAAGGCAUUCCGGCCCAACCUGGAAGAGCUUGUGUUUGAGGGCGUGAGUGCUAGCUACAAAAACUACUUUGAGCCUGGUCCAGAGGGGCGACAGAUGCAGGACAUCAUCCCCACAACGCAGUCAUUCAAGAUUGUUGCCGAGACGCCCAUCCAAGUGAUGUUCCUCAUCAACCUCUACUCGCGCUCAGUGAACCAGUAUGUGCCGGUGCUGGCUCCUCUUAUGGUCAAUGCAGUGUCGCUGCCAGGCCUGCCAGCAGCCGUGCAGCAGGAUAACAAGCUGAAGGCGCUUGCCUCAGAUUUCAGGAACGCCCAGGUCAAGAUCCUGAGCUUCCUGACGUACCUCCUGCGCCAGUUCCCGGGGGUGAUCCGACCCCAUCAGGAGUCCAUUUCCACCUCGCUGGUCAGGGCGCUGCAGGCCUGCCCAGACUCUGUCCAGAUGCGCAGGGAGCUGCUCAUUGCAACUCGCCACGUCCUGACCACCUCUGUGCGAGGAGGUUUCCUGGGCGAGCUGGAGACGCUGCUGAAGGAGGAGACGCUGGUGGGCCGUGGGCGGCAGUGCCAGACAGAGCUGCGGCCGCUUGCCUUCUCCAUGCUCGCCGAGCUGGUGCACCAUGUGCGCAGCGAUCUCACCUUCGCCCACCUCUCCCGCGUCAUCUACCUCUUCUGCAGGCGCGCCCCUGCGCCUCGAUGCUCCAAAUGGGCAUUUCCUUUCGAACUUUGGCAGAUGAACCUGCAUGACAGCACGCUGCCGGUGAGCGUGGAGUGCACGAGCGUGCGGCUGCUGCUGAACCUGGUGGAGGUUGUCUUUGCGCGGCGCGCCGAUGUGCGCUCAGCCGAGGCGCACCGGCAGCUGCUGGCCGGCAUCCUGGACGCCUUCACCUCCAAGCUGUCCAGCCUGCACCACCGCCUGCCCCUUCUCCUCUCCUACGUAGCGGAGAGGGAGGCUCUGCAGGUGAAGGCAGAAGCAGAGGCAAAGGCGAGCGAAGCAGCUGCGGCCAGUGCGGGCGAUGCUGCGCCCGCCCAAGCAGCACCCCCCGCUGAUCAACCACAGGGCGCUGCCCCUGCGACAGCUGCUGCCGCAGCUGCAUUUCCUGCGCCAGAAGGUGGUCAGGGGGCUGCAGCCGGCGUCCCCAAGGCGCAAGAUUCCCAGGCCGACGCUGCCAAGCAGAGCAUCCCUGCAAAGCCUCCCGAGGUCCCCCGCUUGAAGGUGCUCUACAUCCAGGAGAGGAGCGAGCACGACAAGCAGGUGUCCGACGCGAAGCUGAUCCUGUCCACGCUGAUCAUGGGGAUGAAGACGCUGCUGUACAGCAUCACCAACUAUGGCAACACCAUCGUCAGCUCCCAGCCAGGCACACCCCAACUGCCGAGCAUGGGCCUGCGGGAGGCGGAGAUUCGGCUGGCGACGCGCACGAUCAAGCGCGGGCUGCCCUGCCUGCAGCUCUACGGCGACCGUGCCGGCCAGGAGCCGCGCGUCUACGAUCGCCACGCCGACAUCUAUGACACCUUCGCCGACAUGUUCACCGUGCUCACGAACCCCCGGGACGUCAUCGAGGUGUUCUCACUGCAGAUGCCGCGCUUCUUUGAUGCCAUCAUCGAGAACCCCAGGCUGCUGCGGGUGGUGGGCACUCUCUUCGCGAGCCCGCCCAUUGGACCACCCUUCGCCCAGGAGGGGGAGCUGACGCUGAAGCUGCUGAAUCUGUUCCUGGACGCGCUGACCAAGUUCCCAGGCCUGGAGGGGGUCCUGGCUCCCUUUUUUCAUGAGCUAGUCAGCAAGACGCUGGCCCGGCUGCACAACUCCACCGCCAAGGAGGGCUACCUCGACCUGCUUCUCGCCCUCUUCAGGGCCAUUUCGAUGCUGCGACAGCAGGGGGGAGCGGUGGUGAACGGCGUGGCAAGCGGGGAAUCGCUGUGCGCGCUGUUCACGGGGUCGGGUGUCGGCGUCACCAACCCGCCGCUGCUGGUGCCCACCAUCGACCACCUCACCGCGCUCCUGGAGGGCCCACGCUCUGGCCCCUACAAGAGCGCUCUGCUCGAGCUCCUCCUCAUCAUGCCCUGCAGGCUGUCGGAGAUCUUGUCGGUGCUGGGGCGGCUGAUGGCGCCGCUGGUGGCUGCGCUGAGCGGGAACGAGGCGCUGGUGACGCUGUCCAUCCGAACGCUGGAGUAUUGGGUGGACUCCCUCAACCCCGAGUUCCUGGAGCCCGCCAUGCUGCCCGUCAUCCCCCAGCUCAUGCGCGCCCUCUGGUCCCACCUGCGGCCCCUCCCCUACAACUUCUCCGCCAAGGCGCUGGCGCUGCUGGGCAAGCUGGGAGGGCGCAACAGGCGGUUCCUGAAGGACCCCCUGGAGCUGGACCUGAAGGACAACCCCGAGCACGGCCUGCGCCUCAUUCUCACCUUCCAGCCCUCCACCUCCUUCCUCGUCCCCCUGGACCGCUGCCUCGCCCUCUCCUCCCAGAGCCUGCUCGCCCCCACCAGCAAGCAGAGUGUGCACGAGAAGCGCGAGGCACUGCGGUUCCUGCACAUCUGCCUGGCCAGCGUGCUCAACCUGCGCUCGCCGGACGACUCCGAGCUGCCUGGCACUUCCAUGGACAAGCUCACCUCCAUGCUCUUCGGCAACCAGGCGCCGCCGCACAUAGAGCCGACCCCGGCAGUGACGGAGAUGGGCGUGAAGACCAAGACGCAGCUGCUGGCGGAGCGGCAGGUGCUGCGCCAGCUCAUCACAUCAGUCAUCGCGGCGUCCGCCGACAAGGACCUGCAGCCGCAGGGCGCCGACUACACGCUCGGAGUCUGCCGCCACUUUGCUCUGCUCUUCGCCGCCGGCGCCAGCGCCCCGCUGCCCUCUGUGCCCGCCGGCACGGAGACCUCGCGCACCGCUCGCAUGUCCAGCCUCAAGGAGCUCGACCCCCACAUCUUCCUGGACGCCCUCGUCGAGGUUCUGUCAGAGGAGGAUGCAGAUCGGGUGGAUGCAGCAGUCAAGGGCAUUGAGGCGUUUGUGGACACGCUCAUGCUGGUCACCGAAACCCAGAACGAGCUGAGCAAGGCAGGCGGUCCAGAGGAGGCAUCGGCUGCCGAUGAUGUCUCCCCUGCAGAGCCGAUGAAUGUGGAUGCAGCAUCUCCCGCACAGGAGACCACUGCGGCUGGGGCUGCCACAGAGAACGGCACAGCAGACCCUGCCGCACAGAAGGAGACCACCCCCAGACCUGGCAGCCCAAAGCGUCCAACUGUCAGCAGCGCAGAAGGAUCCUGGCCGGCGUCCCUGGAUGAGCUGCUGGCUCGAGUGCUGCACUGCUGCUAUGGUGACUCGUGGGCCACGCGCAUCGGCGGCCUUGCCGCGGUCGGCCUCCUCGCCAAGAAGCUGCCGGCGGUGCAACUGCGGGCGCGGCUGCCGCUGUGUGUGCGCGCGCUGCUGACUGUGAUGCGCGGGCUGCCGGAGCACGCCAUUAGCCAGGUGCAGGAGCUGCGCGCCACCCUCACCGGCCUCCUCCACCGCUGCCUCAUUGAGGGCCGCCCCCUGCCCACCCCGGCUGAGGUAAAGGCCAGCUCGCAGCGAGUGGGAGCGGAGGGCACGUCUGUCACGGAGGGAACUUCAGCGGUUGAGGCGAAGGAUGAGGCUGCUGGCGCUGGCCAGGACACACCAAUGCCUAACGCUAAGGAACCUGAGCAGCCUGCUGCAGCUGCACCGGCGCCAACGGCUGCUGCCGAUGUUGCACCUGCGGCUGCUGGGGAGCAGCCGCCCAUCAGCCUGCCCCGCAUGUCCUCCAGCGUAUCGGCGGAGAUGGCAAUAUCUCCGGGCGGGGCAGCGGCUGAGGACAUCUCUCCACGUGGCAGUAAGGAGGAGAGUGCCGCAGACAAGGCUCCGAGCAUGGAGCCCCUGGACGAAGGCACUGACCGGACGCUUGCAGGCGUCGUGCAGGUGGUCUCGCACGAGCUGCUGAGCCCCCGCUCCUCUGAAGCCCUGCGCAAGCUGGCAGACGAGUGCCUGAAGGCAAGCCCCAACCACUCCCGCCUCCCUGCUGCUGUUGUGUGCAAGGCGAGCGGGCGCACAUCGGCGCAGCUGCUGAAGCCGCUGCUGGAGAAGCUGUCCCCGCCGCUGGAGAAGCGGCGGCUGAUGCCGCUCAAGCACGCCAACCUGCAGAUCGGCAACGCGGCCGCCUUCACCUACUGCAUGCAGCAGAAACCGCCUUUGCUACCCCUCUCGCAGGAAGUGGUCAUGGUUAUUUCGGACGCUUAUGUGCUGUCGGAAAUGGAUGAUGCCAAUUUAACGGCCCAGCUGGCCGGCCUGCAGCGCGUGUCCGGCGACACCACCAAGGUUGCAGAUCAGCUUCGCUCCGUCUGCCUGUCCAUGCUGUGCGCCGCCAUGCAGUGGGACGACUUCAGGGAUAGUGGGGACCUUGCAGAGCUGCGCGGGCGCAUCAUCCAGAUUUUCUUCAAGCACCUGACCAGCUCCAAUGAGGUGGCGGUGUGCAUGUCCCAGGAGGGGCUGUCCGCUGUGAUUGCGCACCAGAAGAUGCCCAAGCACCUGUUGCAGACGAGCUUGCGCCCGAUCCUGGUCAAUCUGGCAUACUACAACAAGCUCAAGCUUCCCCUGCUGCGAGGCCUGGCACGGCUUCUCAAUCUGCUGGCAAGCUGGUUCAACGUCACACUUGGGGAGAAGCUGAUUGACCACCUCAAAAAGUGGCUGGAGCCAGAGAAGCUGCUGCAAGUCACGCACUCGUGGGAGCCCGGCCAGGAGUGCCACAUCGCUGCUGCCAUCCUGGACCUGUUCCACCUGCUGCCUCCUCCCGCUGUCAAAUUCCUGGAGUCAGGGGAGCGGCCUGGGCUGGUGGUGCUGAUGAUAGAGCUGGAGGGUGCGCUGGCGCAGAUGCCGUCCAACACAGAGCCCACCAAGAUGUGGUCCCCCUACAGGGAGCCCCUCGCCAGGUUCCUCAACAAGUACCCGGAAGAGGCGGUGACGUACUUCCUUGAGAGGAAGCGCAUGGCCAACCCGAGCUACAUCCACCGCUUCAUCGACAUUCUACGCUCGCCCCUGGGCCAGCCCCUGCUCAGCCAGCUGGCCGCCUCCUCCGACAAGCUUGCCGAGCUCAUCAAUUUCCCUUUUGUGGCCCCGCCCCCGCCAGAGCAGCUUACACCAGAGCAGAUUCAGGAUGAGAAGGCGAAGGUGGCUGCGCAUUUCCACGCGGUGCACCUGAUCGCCAUCGUGACCAAGCUGCUGCCGGAGUGGCUGCCCCAGCCGCUGUUCGAGCUGCUGCUGCACCAGGUGGAGGAUGAGGAGCGGCUGGAGAGGGCGCAGCUGUAUGAGAGCAAGCGACUGGCCAAGGCGCUGCUGUCCUAUCUAAGCCGCCAUCACGACCUUGUGGGGCCCCUGUUCGACCUGCUGGACAUCUUCACCGUGCGCACGCGCGUCGACUUCGCCUUCCUCAAGGACUACCUCAAGACCACCAUACUGCGGCACUUCCUGGAGGUAUUCCAGCAGCAGAGCCGGCCGCAGGAGCAGCUGGUGCAGGCGGCGAGCCUGUUGGUUCUGCCCAUGCUGGAGGCCGGCUACGAGGCCGGGAAGGCCAUCGUGGACGACGACGCCCUUACCACCAUGGUCACCAUCAUGUUCGACCCCCCUGACGACCUCGCCAGCGCGUACGGGGAGGGCAUGAAGAUGGAGCUGCUGCAGCUGGCGACGCUGCUGAUCCGGCGCGCGCCGCAGCAGCUGGUGCAGCACCGCAAGGAGCUCAUCAAGUUCGGCUGGAACCACCUCAAGCGCGACGACAGCGCCGCCAAGUACUACGCCUUCCUCAACGUCUGUCACUUCCUCGACGCCUACCAGGCCCCCGAGAAGAUUGUCCUGCAGGUGUUUGUAGCGCUGCUGCGGACAUGCCAGCCGGACGGGCGGAGGGUGCUGGUGCGGCAGGCGCUGGACACGCUGACGCCCGCGCUCGUGCGGCGGCUGGCACCGGGGGACGCCAAGUACCCGAUCUGGGUGCGCUACACCAAAAAGGUGCUGGUGGAGGAGGGCCACUCCAUGCCCCACCUCAUCCACAUCUGGCAGCUCAUCGUGCGCCACGCCGACCUCUUCUACUCUUCCAGGACGCAGUUCAUGACGCAGAUGGUCAACGGGCUGAUGAAGCUGGGCCUGCCUCAGAACGCAACGCUGGAGAACCGCCGCCUGUCGCUCGAUCUGGCCGGCCUCGUUGUGCACUGGGAGCAGCGGCGCAUCGCCGAGAGCGAAGCUGCACCCACCGCGGCAGCUGACGCGUCCCAGGCAGAGCCAAUUUCGCUCAAACGGCGCCGGGAGGGCGGCUCUGGCAUUCCCACCGAGAUCAAGGAGGAAGUGGAGGCUGCCGAGGAAGGACGGCCGGCCAAGCAGCCGCGCACGGAGGGCACGCCCUCAAACGGCCAGGCCGCGCCCGAUCAGCAGGCGGCGCAGCAGCCGGCGGGGCCCGAGGCCUCCGGCUCUGCGGGCGCCGCCGCCAAUGCAGCCGCCGAGGCGCAGGUCCUCGCUGAUGUCGACCCCUCGCUGGCACAAGCCAGGCAAGCGAGCUCGAGCGCGGACGAGGACUGCAAGCUGACGCCGACGAUGCAGGAGAUGGUGCUGGUGUUCCUCAUCCGCAUGGCCUUCCUGCUGGGCGACGGCCACAAGGAGGCCGAGUACCAGACGCUGCACAAGCACACCCUGGCGCUGUUCGGGGAGGCCCUGUCGCUCUGGCCCAAUGUGCCUAUCAAAAUCAAUUUCAUCAACAAGCUGCUCGAGUCCAACAUCGCCCACAACCAGGACCCCCCUCCAGCCCUCGUCACAGGGCUGAAGCUGAUGAAGCAGGCGCUGGUGGUGCAGCCGACGUUGUUCAUGCAGGUGUCGCACCAGGCGCUGAUCUAUGUGCUGGAGCCGGCCUUCACCAGCUCGCACAACACGGUCGUCUCGCUACUGUGCGACAUGCUCGAGAGACUGUACAAGGAAUUCUACACCGUCCCCAAGACCAACGAGCCGCCCCCCACCAUCCCUCCCCAAGUCUCGGAGGUGAACCACCGUGUGCAUGAGAUCAUGCAGCACCACCUGACGCAGGCCUACAACCAGAACGUGCCGCUGACGCCCGCAUCGCCGGCCGGGCUGCUGGGUGUCUGCGCGUCGUUGCGCGUGCUGUCCACGCUGGAGGCGUUUGCGCCGGACUACGUGGCGCGGUUCACGCCGCUGCUGGUGAAGCUGCUGAACCGCGUGGCGCGCGAUCACGCCUCUCCCGGUGGCCUCGUCCUCGACCCCACCCGCCAACCCCUCGGCCGCAGCCCCAGGGAGGGCGGCGACAUGGGGGAGCCGGAGUACGGGACGCUGACGUGGGCGACGCUGGCAGCGCUCAAGCUGGCGGCCAACAAGGUGCUGAUGCAGGCGGACCGCAAGAAGCUCUUCCUGCAGACGCUCGUGCUGCUCAUCACGGGCAAUGCUGCUAAGCACACCGACCCCGCCAUCCUCAUGGGCAUCCUCACCAUCGUCCGCUCCUGGCUGCUCAACCCCCAGCCACAUUCCGCCGCCCCCAACAAGCCCCCCGAGCUCGUCAGCCUCACCGAGAAGGAGGCAAUCCUGUUCCUGCAGCGGCUGGCGUCGCUGGCGCGCAACGGGUGGACGCGGGGCCCCCUGCAGCAGCGCUGGGAGUCCACCUUCCUCGAAAUGAUCCACAGCCUCUGCACCUCCACCAACCUUGGCGAUGGGCUGCGCGUGGAUGUGUUUGACAAGGUGGAGCGUGUGUUCCUGCUGGGCCUGCGCGCGAGCGACCCGGCCAUGCGCCGCAAGUUCUUCGACCUGUACAACAGCGCCAUCCCGGUCACACUCUUUGACCGCCUGCGCUUCAUCGUGUGCAGCCAGGACUGGGAGCACCUUGCCGACACCUUCUGGCUCAAGCAGGGCCUGGACCUGGUUCUGGCGGUCCUGGUGGAGAAGGAGCCCAUCAAGUUGGCGCCCAACUCCGCCCAGAUACCCGCGCUGCUGGCGCAGACCAAGCAGAACAUUUUCCACCUCAAGCCCCACCAGUCGCCUGCCCCUCAGCAGCAGCAGCAGCAGCAGCAGCCGCCUGCUCUACAGGCCGCCAUCGCUGCCCCUCCUGGCGGCCAGCCAGCAGCCGACGGCGCUGUGGCGGCCCCGGUCGAGAAUAGCGACAUGCCGGCAUCCACUGCCCAGCAGCCUCCCGCACCAGAUGCAUCCCAAGCAGUGCCCAAAACCGAGCCCGGCACUGAUCUGCAGCAGCAGGGGCAGCCAAUGGAUGUGGAUCCAAAGCCAGAGGAGGCAGGCCAGCAGGCAGGCGCCAUGGCUGCACCGCCUGUGCCACAGCCGCUGCCAGGUCAGAUCCCGCCGCCUGCCGCGCCGCACGCUCUGCCGGGCCCCAAGAUGGAGCCUGGCGCGCCUGCGGCUGUGGGCGCUCGGCCGAGCGAAGCGGCUGCGCAGCAACCCAACGGCGCUCUGCCGGGCCCUGUUGUCCCCAUCGCGGCCCAUGCGCAUGCCGGCGCAUCAGGCUCGGGGGAGAUGGCUCCUCCGCCGCCUGUGCCCCAGGGGCUACCCAAGACGCAGUCCGGGGCCAUCCAGCUGCCCACGCUGCUCUCCAUGCAGUCUGGCCUUUCCACAACCGGCGGGAAUGCUGGUAUUCAGCUUCCGCAAUGGCCACAGCCGCCGGGUCCUCCACCGGACGGCGCGGACGCGGCCGAGCGGCCGGCAGAGGUGGCAGCGCAGGGCAUAGAGGAGCCCAAGGUGCCGGCCGGGCCCAUGCUGAGGGAGGCAACGUCAGGGCUCGCCAUCCCAGAGGCUGUCGACGAGCUGAUGCGGGAACACCUCCGCUUCCUCUACAAAGAAGGCUCAUACGAGGUGCAGGACAUGGUGAGCACGGUGACGGAGGUGGCGCACGGCGACGCGCACAUGGCAUGCCACCUGUGGGUGCUGGUGUUCCCCAUCGUGUGGGCCACGCUGUCCGAGAAGAAGGAGCAGCAGAUCCAGCUGGCCAAGCCCAUCAUCGCCCUGCUCUCUAAGGAGUACCACCUGCGCCAGGCACAGCAGCGCCCCAAUGUUGUGCAGGCGCUGCUCGAAGGCAUCUCGCUGAGCCAGCCGCAGCCCAAGAUUCCCUCGGAGCUCAUAAAGUUCCUGGGGAAGACCUACAACGCCUGGCACAUCGCCAUCCCCCUGCUGGAAUCCCACGUCAUGCUCUUCCCCACUGAGACGAGGUGCUUUGACGCGCUGGCAGAGCUGUACAGCAUGCUGAACGAGGAGGACGUGUUGUUUGGGCUGUGGAAGCGGCGCGGCGCGGCCGAGGAGACGCGCGCGGCGCUGUCGUGCAUCCAGCACGGCGUGCUGCAGCAGGGGCAGGACUACCUGCUGGACGCCAUCCGCAAGGCCGCCAACAACCAGUUCCCUCCCCUCUCCGCAGAUGGGAGGGGUGUGCCAAGCAAGGGGGAGCAGGCGCAGUGGACGAAGCAGUAUCUGGCGUGCGCGGCGGAGCUGAGCCAGUGGGAGGUGGUGGCCGAGUACGCGAGCGUGACGGAGAACUACGCGCAGAUGGCCGAGUGCCUCUGGCGCCUGCACGACUGGAUGCGCCUCAAGGACAUCGUCCUGCCCAAGGCCAACGUGGAGGAUACGCCGCAGUCGGAGAUGAUCCGCACCUACGUGAAGCUGCAGGAGGGCGACAUCAUUGAGGGCGACAAGCACACCAGCGCCGGCAUUGGCAAGGCGCUUGAAAAGUGGUGGCAGCUGCCGGAGGUGGGCGUGUGGCCGCAGCUGCAGCAGCUGGCAUGCUUCCAGCGGCUGGACAUCCUGGAGACGUGGCGGCUGCGCACGCCGAACGAGUGGGAGCCGCUGGGCACUUGGGCGGACGUCCUCAACUGGCGCAACGCCAUCUACAACGUCGUCAUCAACGCCUUCAAGAACGUUGGUGAUAUGGCGCCCCACCUGCACCAGCUCGGCUACCGCGACAAGGCCUGGUCGGUGAACCGGCUGGCGGCGAUAGCGCGCAAGCACGACUGCCCCGAGGUGUGCAAGAACAUCAUCGCGACGCAGUACGGCUUCAACGCGAUGGAGGUGCAGGAGGCGUUUGUGAAGAUCCGAGAGCAGGCGCAGGCCUUCCUGGAGCAGCCCGACCAGCUCAUCGCCGGCCUCAACCUGCUCUCCGGCCAGAACCUGGACUACUUCCAGACACCCCACCAGGCUGAGCUGUUCCGGCUGGAGGGCUUGUUCCACCGGGCGCUGAACGACCCCGAAGCGGCCAACCGCGCCUUCUCCACGUCGCUGUCCCUGUGGCCCCAGCUGGCUGCCGGCUGGCUGUCCUGGGGAGACUUCUGCGACAGCAGGGCCAAGGCGAAUGGGAGCGAGGCAAGCUGGCUGGAGAAUGCGGUGGUGUGCUACAUGCAAGCCAUCAGGCACGGCAGUGCACCCGCGCGGGCCAUGAUGCCGCGCAUCCUCACGCUCUUCUCCUUCCACGACUCCACCGGCGCUGUCACGCAGGCCAUCCGCAAGAACAGCCGCCAGGUGCCGCUGAAUGUGUGGCUGCCGUGGCUGCCGCAGCUGCAGACUAGCCUGCAGCGGCCGGAGGCCGCGCUGGUGAAGGACCUGCUCGCACAGCUGGCCACCACAUACCCCCAGGCGGUCUACUACGGCCUGCGCACCAUCCUCCUCUCCCUGCGAGAGGCCGCGGUGAAGGCGGUGCAGGAGGUGAGGCAGGCGGCGCGCACGAGCAGCGGGGCCAUGCCGGCCACGCCCAGCCUGCUGGCAGACCAGCCCUCGGCCAGCGCCGCGUCAACGGGGGCGCUCCCCGGCGGCGGCCCCACCGCGUCCCUCAGCUCCGGCGGCGCCGGCGGCGCGGUCUCCGGCGCCGGUCAGGCCGCCAACGGCAUGGACACCGACAGCGCCGCCCGGGAAGUCCGGUCCUCCGGCAACGUGGUGGACAGCGAGGCGCCGGCGGGCGAGGGAGCAAGGGCGGCGGACGGCAGCAGCCCGAGCGGGCAGGCGGCCAAGCCGCUGGAGAAGCCGCCCGAGGUGGUGGCGUUUGAGGCCGGCAAGGAGAUCAUGGACCUGCUGCGCAGCAAGCACCCCCACUCCACUGGCUCCCUCGAGCUCAUGAUGUCCGAGAUCGGGACGCGGUUUGUGCCCAAGGCAGAGGAGCGGCUGCUGGCUGUUGUGCAUGCGCUGCUGCACCGCUGCUACAAGAUGCCCUUCUCCAACAACGCUGAGGUCCCUGCCUCGCUCAAGAAGGAGCUGUCAGGCGUGUGCAAGGCGUGCUUCAGCAACGAGCACAUGGCGCGGCACGGGCGGCUGAUGGGCGAGUACCGGGACCAGUUUGUGCGCGACCUGGACCCGGCCUCGCCCGGCUGGCCGGCCACGCUGGGCGAGCUGAGCGGGCGGCUCAAGCAGUGGCGCGCAACGCUGCAGAGCACCGAGCAGGCGUUCACGGAUGUGGAGAUGCCGGGGCAGUACCUGGGGGGCGCGGAGGUGGCGCCGGAGUCGGUGGUGUUCCUGGAGCGCAUCGGCUCCAACGUGGGCAUCGUGCGCCGCCACGCCACCUCCUACCGCCGCCUCGCGCUCCACGGCUCCGACGGCAAAACCGUCCACUUCCUCGUCCAGACCGGCCAGCACUGGUCCAACACCUCCGGCGCUGCGGACGAGCGCAUGAUGCAGCUGCUGCGCAACAUGAACCGGCUCCUGGACAAGCACCCACAGUCCCGCCGCCGCCACCUCGCCUGGCACACCCCCAUCAUCGUCCCCGUCUACCCCCAGGUGCGGCUGGUGGAGGAGGAGCUGAGCUACUGCAGCUACGGGGAGGCGUACGAGGUCAACUGCGCGCGCUACGGGCGCGAGGCGGACAUGCCCAUCGCGCACUUCAAAAAGCGCUGCUGCUCCCCCUCCGGCAACCUCAUCUCCGACCCCAACGGCGAAAUCCGCCUUCAGGCGUACCACGAGAUAGAGACGCGUUUGGUGACGGAAACGGUGUUCAGCCAGUACAUGUACAAGACGCUGCCCACCAGCAAUCACCUCUGGGCCUUCAAGAAGCAGUUCUGCACCCAGAUGGCGCUGUCCGGUCUGCUGUCGCACAUGCUGUUGAUCGGGGGCCGCACGCCGUACAAGAUCCUGUUUGCGCGCGCAUCGGGCAAGACGUUCCAGAUCGACUUCUACCCGGUCUACGACCAGCGCGGCAUGCUGGAGCGCAGCGAGCCGGUGCCCUUCCGCCUUACGCGCAACCUGCACACCUUCUUCACGCCCUUUGGCAUCGAGGGCGUCUUUGUUUCCGCCAUGGCCGCCGCCGCCCAGGCGGUGCUGGGCCCGAACAACAACCUGGCGGAUCUGCUGGCGCUGUUCUUCCGGGACGACAUAACGGCGUGGAGCCAGCGGCGGCAGCAGCGCGGGGGGGCCUGGCGCCACCCGCAGCUCAAGCAGCUCGUCGACCACAACAUCGACCAGUGCCUCAAGCGCAUGGGCCACGUCGCCCCCAGCCGGCCCCAGGAGGGUGUGCCGGCGAGUGUGCAGAGGGGCGCACAGGAGCUGGUGGAAUCGGCCCUGAACCCGCGCAACCUCUGCCGCAUGGACCCCACCUGGCACCCAUGGUUCUAGGCUAGUGCGUGCCCACAGCCAGAAGCAGAAUGUGCUAGGCAGAGAGUGGUGUCACAAGCUGCAACAUGCUGAAUACCAGUGUGUACAUGUUUUCUGUACAUUCUACGAGGCCAGUGUGCAUAGUAUUCAUCAGUGAAGAUCGCAUGUACAGUUGGUGCGGGUGUGGGCAGUAGCGACUGCAGAGGUGCACCCAUACUUUUGCAUGCUUCAAAUGAUCAUAGUUUUAUUGUUAUUUCCUUUGCAGAUGCAGACGUCUACUAGAGCCUGACAUGCGAUUCGACAGGUUCUUUACCUUUGCAUACUUGUUGAGGGUCAGGUCCCAAAAAAGCAAAUGUUUGUUGGAGGGUGGUCCAAGCCCCAUCAUUAUCAGCUGGAUCUUGGGCUGACAAAAUGUUUAUAUAUGGCUUUCCCCAUGGCUAGCCACUAAAUCGAGAUAGGUCCUGUGGAUCUGGAGGACACAGGAUGUUUAUUAGAAGGACAGCUCACUGAUUUGGCAACUUGCACCUGUUGUCAAUGAGAGUGUGCAAGUUGAGCAUUGUAAACAGCCGCUUAGUUC